UAUUUUGAUAAAUGAUUGAUGCAGAGAAACAAACAAUGAUUGGUACAAAUUUAUUCUAACAGUUUCCUAGAUGGUACCCUUCCAAUAAGGAAAAGCAUGGUUUCUACCAAGCAGGACAUAAUUUCUUUUUAACAUCAUUUCAGAGAAGUUCAUAUCAGCUUCAGGGAAUCCAAGGUUGCCAUCAAAGUGAAGUGGUGUUAGAAAAAAGCAGAAUGGGGGUCCAGUUACAGGAAAAAACAAAGCCAAAAUACAGAAAGGGUUUAUGGUCACCUGAGGAAGAUAAUAAGCUCAGAAACUAUAUCCUUAACCAUGGUCAUGGCUGCUGGAGCUCUGUCCCCAUUAAGGCAGGAUUGCAAAGGAAUGGAAAGAGCUGCAGACUAAGGUGGAUCAAUUACCUGAGGCCAGGACUAAAGAGAGGGGUAUUCAGCAAACAUGAGGAGGAUACAAUCAUGACCCUUCACCACAUGUUGGGUAACAAGUGGUCUCAGAUAUCACAGCAUUUGCCAGGAAGGACUGACAAUGAGAUAAAAAACUACUGGCAUUCAUAUUUGAAAAAGAAAGUACUCAAACCUCAUGAAAUGGAACCUCAUAGCCAAACUCAGCAUGCUAGCUCAAGCUCAGACACAAAGGACUCAUCACUCUCUACACAGAAACUCUCAAUUCAGGAUCCUAAUUAUGGAAUUUUAGAAAACAUGGAAAAAUCAACACCACAAUAUUCUGAUCACCACCUCUCACAAAACUAUAACUUGGCCAAGGAUACUUCUCAAAGCUCCUUACCAAAACUGCUAUUUGCUGAGUGGCUUUCAGUGGAGCAUGUGAAUGCUGGUGGAAGCUCUGUAAAUUCUGAAGACUCUUUGGUCAAUGGAUUUGAUCAAACUUCAACUUUCCAAGAACCUGUGAUGAAUAUGUCAGGAGGACACUUCGGUGAAGAGUUUCAUGAUAGUCUAAUUCACAACUCAGCUACUGCUAUGUACAAUUCACAGCUUAACUUACCAGGUCAAGGGGAUGAAAAUGACUAUGUCCAUUAUAUACAAGGAGGAGAUUUAUGUAGCAAUUUCACCCUGAGCAUUGAUUCAAUAAUGUAUGUAUAAGGAAGAAGUGUACAAGACUUCUUAAAAAGGAAGAAUAAUUUGCCCAGCGUCUGUGUUGUUCCCGGAGAUCUCUUCUCCUUGCAGGGGCGUUGAGUGGGCUGUUUCUGGUGGGAUGAGGGCUCUUCCCAGGGAGGCUCUGUUCCCUGAAUUGGGGGCGGGCCUCUCUGGUUCUGAUGCAAUUGCUUGCUUGGAGGCUCCUUCUUCCGUUCCGGUUUGCGACCCCCUCUCCCUUCUAGUGUUUUUCAUACCAUCACAUCCCAAACACAUUCUCUUAUUUUAGUUUCUUAAUACUAUUUAUCACCAUUUAUGUGGGUUCAUUGCCACAAAAGAUUUAAGAUCUCAAAUGGAACAGAGCAAAUUUUGCUUCAACUAUGAUUUUUUAUUUUACUAUUACUCGGGUCUCAUCAUAGCACAAAUAUUUAUAAUGCAAGUGAGAGAAUUUAAUAA